UUUCGUUGAAUGUCAUCUGAAGAGUGAAACGUGAGACACCCUAGUGCUGCAGCUGAAGGAACAACGUUAAUAGUUGAUAUGAAGGGGUACAAGGUUUGGACCUCAACCUUCAAUAGCGCCACCACCUUCAUCCCUUUCAAUAAUAACCUUUCCCCUAUAACCCCUUCCUCCUAUAAUGCUCCAAAGUACUCCCCAUCCUUCCAAAACCAAAGACCAAAACUUAUACCCCAGAAUUUCAAGCCCCACAUUCUUCAAUGCACUUCUCUGCCAAGUCCACAGGCUAGCAGUGCUUCCACAGCUCAAGCUGAGGAGCAAGAGAUUGAAAUUGCAAAUGGGUACACUAUGACUCAAUUUUGUGACAAAAUGAUAGAUUUCUUUUUGAAUGAGAAAACCAAAUCAAAGGAAUGGAAGAAGUACCUGAUAUUUAGGGAGGAAUGGAAAAAAUACAGGGAUAGAUUCUACAGUAGGUGCCAAAGAAGGGCAGACAUGGAGAAUGACCCAAUUAUGAAGGAGAAGUUUAUUUCAUUGCGGAGAAAGGUCAAGAAGAUUGAUGAUGAAAUGGAAGAACACUAUGAACUCCUCAAGGAAAUACAAGAUAGCCCAACAGACAUUAAUGCCAUAGUUGCACAAAGGCGUAAGGAUUUUACUGGAGAAUUCUUCAACUACCUCUCUCUUCUUUCAGAUACAUAUGACAGCUUGGAGGAUCGUGAUGGGAUUGCCAGGCUGGGGAGUAGAUGCUUAUCAUCUGUCAGUGCAUACGAUAAUACUCUAGAGAAUAUAGAGACAUUAGAUACUGCACAAGCCAAAUUUGAUGAUAUCCUCAAUUCUCCUUCUAUUGAUGUUGCUUGUCAAAAGAUUAAAAGCCUGGCAAAGGCAAAGGAACUUGAUUCUACUUUGAUAUUGUUGAUAAGCAGUGCCUGGGCUAAAGCAAAAGAGUCUACAACAAUGAAGGAUGAGGUGAAAGAUAUAAUGUACCAAUUAUACAAGGCCACGAAGAGCAGCCUAAGGAGUAUUACUCCAAAAGAAAUAAAGCUACUCAAGCAUUUGUUAAACAUCAUAGAUCCCGAAGAGCGUUUCUCUGCAUUGGCAACAGCUUUCUCCCCUGGUGACGAACUCGAAGCCAAGGACCCUAAUACUCUGUACACCACCCCAAAGGAGCUGCACAAGUGGAUUAAGAUCAUGCUCGAUGCAUAUCAUCUGAACAAGGAAGAAACAGAUUUGAGAGAAGCCAAGCAGAUGACUGACCCUGUGGUAAUUCAGAGGCUGUUUAUCCUCAAAGAUACUAUUGAACAAGAAUAUAUGGAAAAGGGUACACCUCAGAAGUCUGAAACGAAAGAUGACUCUAAAUCAAAAGAAGAGUUUUAAGGUGUUUCCUGUUCCAUGUCAUUUUUGGAUCGAGAGAAGGAAGGGUUGAAGUGGAGAGAACGACCCAAUGCGAGAAAAACUAAUGAAGUUACUACCCUUCAAAAGAUUUGUAAUACCUUUCUGUUAGAUCUUAAAAUAUUUCAGAGUUUUCAUUGCAAAGUUGAGGAUUGUGGUAUAGUGGUAUUGUACUCAUAGGUGUAAAUUUUAAAGCAUCCACCACUUUGAGGUUUAUCCUAGAAUAAUAGAACCGAUAUCAGUAGGUAGUAAAUUGUCCUUCUAUGUAUAAACAACCCUCAAUGUUUCUUUGGUACAUUUUCUCAAAUUUAAAAUCA